AUGUCCGGCCGCGGCCCGAAGUUCGGGCCUGGGAAUGACUUACAGCUGUUUACGGUGUUGCUGGAUAGUACCGGGUCAGCGCAGACGUGCGCGCUGCAGCUAGUUCCGCACCGGGCACCCGUCUGGUCCGGACCACGUCAGUGGUUCGAGUACGCCGUUUUAAUAGAGGGCGUCGAGGUCAGCCUGCCCGAGCCAGCCAUAGGCUCCCAGACCGAAGCAGAGGCAUGGGUGGCGGCGCUGUCCGAGGAUCCCG